CGCUGUAGCCUCUGAAUGAAAAACAGCAGCGGCCUCACAAAGGGAGGAGGGGGCGGCGGUGUUUGUCUGUAUCAACGCACGGAGGCUACAGUAGUCAGCUGUUGAGAGGAGCAGGGAGGAGCUGGAUGUGGAUCUGCUGGAUGACUCACUCCGCCAGCCACACUCAUUCACUCGUCUGGCGCACACUCUCGCUGGCGCACGCGCGCGGACGCACGCUCUCGGGCACGCGCAGGCACGUUUGUGCGGGAGAGGGAGGGAGGGAGGGGAAGGGGGCGCGCGCUGGCUGGCGGUGCCGAGGAGGAGGAGGAGGAGGAGGAGGAGAGGGGUUCCUCGUCGAAGGCGCAUCAGGGCCGUUCAUUCUCCACUGGAGGGCGAGUGGUACAAGAGCACCGGGACACUCAGUGACACGGAGCAGACAGUCGGAGGGAGACGGGAUAGAGAAGCAGCAGCAGCGGCGGCGGCGGCAGCGGCGGCAGCAGCAGCAGCUGGAAGACACUGACAGACGGAGACAGAGAGAGAGAGAGAAAACCUCCGACCCCGGACCCUGCAAGAGCAUCUUUUCUUUCCGCCGUUGGAUUAAAACCCGCCCCGACCUGCUCCAGCACCGAGAUCACUUUCUGCCAAACCUGCACACAGCGGCCCUGGUUGCUGUUUAGCUCCAAACUGACUGAGAUCACCCGAGCGUGUCCAGCCUGAAACGUACAGCAGGCCAAGACAUGAGCUUCUCCCGCUGAACGUUAUUGAUGCUGAACUGAGCGGUCCAGUGCUGUCCUCCAGUGUUUCCCCUCCCCUCAGUUUUCUGUCCCUCUGUCCAUCACCUGGUUUGUGAGCAGCCAUGACGAAGUCCUACGAAUUUAACUGGCAGAAGCACCUGCCAGAGUUCAUGCAGGAAGGUGCCUCCUUCGACAGGUUUGAUGAGGACCCGUAUAUCUUUGAGCCCAACUGUCAGAUGCAGGUGGACGAGUUUGGCUUUUACAUCACCUGGAAGAGUGAAGGAAAGGAAGGCCAGGUUCUCGAGUGUUCCCUCAUCAACAGUAUCCGUGUUGGUGCCGUCCCAAAGGACCCCAAGAUCUUGUCAUCAUUCGAGGCCAUCGGAAAGACAGAGGCAGACUUGGAAGGCUGCAUCAUCUGCAUCUGCAGCGGCACAGACCUUGUCAACCUCAACUUCAUGUUCAUGGUGGCGGAGAACCCGGACACAGCAAGGAAAUGGAUCGAGGGUUUGAGGUCGGUGAUUCACAACUUCAAGGCCAACAACGUCUGUCCGAUGACCUGCCUCAAGAAACAUUGGAUGAGAACGUGCUUCCUGACCAAUGUGAAUGGGAAGAUUCCUGUUAGAGGCAUCACUCGCACAUUUGCAUCAGGCAAGACAGAGAAGGGGAUCUUCCAGUCUUUAAAGGAUCUUGGCCUUCCCAGUGGAAAGAAUGACGAGAUCGAACCAUCAGAUUUUACAUUUGACAUUUUCUACGCGCUCACACAGAAGAUCUGCCCUCGCACAGACAUAGAGGAACUCUUCAAGAAGAUCAAUGGGAACAAAACUGAUUAUUUAACUGUAGACCAGUUAGUCAGCUUUCUGAAUGAAAAUCAACGUGACCCUCGGUUGAAUGAGAUCCUCUUCCCGUUCUACGACCCCAAGAGAGCCAUGCAGAUCAUCGAGAAAUAUGAGAGAGACGACGAGCUGAAGAAGAAAGGUCACAUGUCCAGUGAUGGGUUCUGCCGGUACCUGAUGUCAGACGAAAAUGCUCCAGUUUUCUUGGACCGGCUGGAGCUGUACCAGGAGAUGGACCAGCCGCUGGCCCACUACUUCAUCAGCUCCUCCCACAACACUUACCUGACAGGGCGACAGUUUGGAGGGAAGUCUUCAGUAGAGAUGUACCGCCAGGUGCUGCUGUCUGGGUGCAGAUGUGUGGAGCUGGACUGCUGGGAUGGAAAAGGGGAGGAUCAGGAGCCCAUCAUCACUCAUGGCAAGGCCAUGUGCACAGACAUCCUGUUCAAGGAUGUUAUUCAAGCCAUCAAGGAGACAGCAUUUGUCACAUCAGAAUACCCUGUUAUUUUGUCCUUUGAAAACCAUUGCAGUAAACCCCAGCAGUACAAGAUGGCCAAGUAUUGUGAGGAGAUUUUUGGUGACUUCCUCCUUAAACAGCCUCUGGAAAACUUCCCGAUCGAGUCCGGGCACCCCUUACCCUCACCAAACGACCUCAAAUUUAAAAUCCUCAUCAAAAACAAACGCUUGAAACCUGAAGUUGAGCAGAAACAGCUAGAGGCCUUUAAGAAACACAUGGAGGCAGGAGAGACCAACACCCCUGCCAUCAUUAUGGGAGAAGAGAAUGAAGAGGACACAGAUAACAGUCAACUAAACGACAGAGAGAAGGUGACUGAGGAGAAGGAUUUGAAUUCAGAAGCUCCCAGCAGCGUGUCAGAGGCCACCAGCGAGAAAGAGGCCAACAGUGUUUCCCAGACCAACACAGUUAGCUCGAAAAAAGAGGAGGAACGCAGCAACAGUAUCAAGAAGGUGCCUGAAGAUGAAGUGACGGAGAUAUCCGAAGCCACAGAGGCAACAGACGCCACAGACAUCUCAGAAGCAUCUGACCAAGACAAUAACAAGAAGGGUGUGGAGGAGGCAGAAGACUCUGAAGAGGCUCUGAUAGCUCAGUACACCUACGUAGGAGCCACUACUAACAUCCACCCAUAUCUCUCAGCCAUGGUCAACUACGCACAGCCCGUCAAGUUCCAGAGUUUUGAUGUGGCAGAAGAAAGGAACAUCCACCAUAACAUGUCGUCUUUUAACGAGUCUGUUGGUCUGGGCUAUCUGAAGACCAACGCCAUCGAGUUUGUCAACUACAACAAGCGUCAGAUGAGCCGGAUCUACCCCAAAGGGGGCCGGGUGGACUCCAGUAAUUACAUGCCUCAGAUCUUCUGGAACGCAGGCUGCCAGAUGGUCUCGCUCAACUUCCAGACCCCAGAUCUGGCCAUGCAGUUGAACCAGGGGAAGUUUGAGUACAACGGCUCCUGCGGGUACCUGCUGAAGCCCGACUUCAUGCGGCGGUCAGACAGGAUGUUUGACCCUUUCUCAGAGACGCCGGUGGACGGCGUCAUCGCUGCAACCUGCAGCGUACAGGUGUUCUCCGGACAGUUCCUGUCAGACAAGAAAAUCGGCACAUAUGUUGAAGUGGACAUGUACGGCCUGCCGACGGACACCAUCCGGAAGGAGUUCCGCACGCGCAUGGUGAUGAAUAACGGACUGAACCCAGCCUACAAUGAGGAGCCCUUCGUCUUCAGAAAGGUGAUCCUACCGGAUCUGGCGGUGCUGCGCAUUGCCGUGUACGACGACAACAACAAGCUGAUUGGCCAACGCAUCCUGCCUCUGGACGGCCUGCAGGCCGGCUACCGCCACAUCUCGCUGAGGAACGAGGGAAACAAGCCCCAACCGUUGCCAACCAUCUUCUGCCAAAUCAUCCUCAAGACCUACGUGCCGGACGGCUUCGGAGCAAUUGUGGAUGCGCUGUCGGACCCAAAGAAGUUCUUGACCAUUGCAGAAAAGAGAGCCGACCAGAUGAAGGCGCUGGGGAUUGACACGAACGACAUAGCGGACGUUCCCAGUGGAAGCUCAAAGAACGACAAGAAGGGAAAGGGUAAAGGAGACACCGUGAAGGCCAGUGUGACACCGCAGGCCAGCUCGGACAUGGCUCAGACCUCCAAUUCCGCCCAAAAUAACACAGCAGAAACCAAGAAGGAUACUGCACUUGUGCCUAAUGUCAGUAUUGAUGACUUAAAACAAAUGAAGACGUACCUUAAACUGAUUAAGAAGCAGCAGAAGGAGCUCACCACUUUAAAGAAGAAACACUCAAAGGAUCAAAAUACAAUGCAGAAAGCUCACUGCACCCAGGUGGACAAGAUGGUGUCCCAGCAUGAUAAGGAGAAGACAAACCUGGAGAAACUACUAGAGAAAGCUAUCAAGAAGCGAGGGGAAAACAACUGCCAAGAGCUCAAGAAGGAGACGGAGGAUAAAAUACAAACACUGGGUGCUGAUCACAAAGUCAAGGUAAAGGACAUCACGGCGGCGCACACUAAAGAGUGGUCAGAGCUGAUCAGUAGUCACAGCAGCGAGGAGCAGGAGAUGAAGGACAGCCACGUCACACAGCAGUGUGAACACCUCAAGAAACUCCUGGCUACCGUCCAGGAGCAGCAGACCAUGCAGCUCAAACUCAUCCACGAACGGCAGAGCAAAGAGAUGCGUGCCAACCAGGCCAAGAUGUCCAUGGAAAACAGUAAAGCCAUCAGCCAGGACAAGACCAUUAAAAACAAAGCAGAGAGAGAGAGGAGAGUGCGAGAGUUAAACAGCAGCAACACCAAGAAGUUCCUGGAUGAGAGGAAGAGGCUGGCCAUGAAGCAUCAGAAGGAGAUGGAGCAGCUAGAGAAAAACCAGAGGGAACAGUUGGAGAAACUGGAGAAGUUCAAUGAGCAGCUUUUGAAAUCACACCAUGCAAACAAACAGGUUCAAGGCCAAGGACAUGCAGCAGAUGGUGAAGUUGGAGGAGGAGAUGGACCGCAGACCUGCCACGGUGGUGUGAGCGACUGAGACCGAGACACAAGCACACACACACACACAUAUACACACAUGCAGGUGCAGAAAACACUCCACUGCGGAUAGCCCCUCCACGAGCCUGCCCACAUCACUGUCUCUGUACGUUUUGUCAUGUUCACACACACACAAACACACAGUAGCCCUCCCUCCGCCUUUGCCCCGCCCGCUAACGUCUUUACACCACUGAGCCACUGGCCCUUCUCUCGCUGAUUGACAGGGAGUUCAACCACUUACGGAGGGAGGUAAUGUUACCACGGAGACACACCCCUCCUCCACUGUAUGUAGUUUUCUACGGGCAACACAAGCUGCAGCUAUUAGUGGACACACACAUCUACACACACACACACACACAGCACAUGCACAAACACCCACGGGAAGUGGAUAUCAGUUCCCCCUUUCGACUUGUUCGUUUUGUUUGUUUCUUUUUCUUUUUUUUUUUUUUCUUUUUUUUAAAUCGGUACCAGAUUAAACUCUCCAGAGACGGCGUGGAAGAGGGGGAGGAGAAUAUGUGUAAGAUUUAAUGUCGAUUCAGCACAAAAUGAAUAAACUUUGUGAAAUACACUGUAUGCUACACACCA